CGCUGGUGACCUUGUGGGUGACAUUUUGCCCGCGGGAAUAGAGCGACUCUAAGCCGAGGAAGAGGUAGAAUAUAAGCUGCAUUGCGUUGAUCUAUUGUAAUCAUUGCCGGCCGGCCUUUCUCAGAGUUCAUCUUCAAUAUGGGUGUGCUCUUCAUCAAGGAUUUCGCGGGUCGGAUAUCCAUGAUCGAGGGUAUUGUGCCGAAUAUCAACGGCAGCGGGGAGGGUGAAGGAGCCAUCGUAUACAAGGAGCCGUACGGAGUGAUUCUGUCAAUUGUGCCAUGGAAUGCUCCUUUCAUUCUGGGUACGCGCGCUGUUGCGCUCCCUCUUGCGGCUGGAAACACUGUCGUUCUCAAGGGCUCCGAGCUCUCACCCAAGUGUUUCUGGGCUCUGGGCGACAUUUUCCGCCAGGCUGGUCUUCCCGCCGGAUGUCUGAACGUCAUCUUCCACCAGCCCUCUGACGCCCUGGCCGUCACCAACGCGCUGAUCGCCCAUCAGGCUGUGCGCAAGGUCAACUUCACCGGUAGCACAAUGGUUGGUUCAAUUAUUGCUUCUACCGCAGGUAGACACAUUAAGCCUGUGCUGCUCGAGCUGGGCGGCAAGGCGUCGGCGAUCGUUUUGGACGAUGCGAACUUGGAAAAGGCUGCCAUGAACUGUGCCAUUGGAUCCUUCAUGCACUCCGGUCAAAUCUGCAUGUCGACUGAGCGCAUUGUCGUGCAGCGCUCGAUCGCAGACGAGUUCCGGCAGAAGCUUGCCGAGACAACUGAGAAGUUGUUCGGCAAGGACGCGCCCGCGCUAGUGGACGACACCGAAUACGGCCUGACUGCAGCUCUGUACACCAACAACCUGUUCCGCGGGUUGCGGGUGGUCAAACAGAUUGACUCUGGAGCCGUUCACAUCAAUUCUAUGACUGUACACGACGAGGCUGUCCUUCCUCACGGAGGAUGGAAGAGCAGCGGCUUUGGUCGCUUCGGAGGAAUUUCUGGAUACGACGAAUUCCUCCAGACUAAGACUGUCACCUGGCAGGAGUAGAGGUCGCUCGACGGUGGUUGCAGGUGACAUGAGGUCAAAUUUUUCCUCGUGCGGGACAAACUUGCUU